CGUGAACGCAUCAUAAAUCGAGAAAUUCCCGCCAGUGAAGCGACGAAGAAAACUUGAAGAGCGGCGCUUUAAGAGCGUACUUUGAUCGAAAUAAGCAUUUUAUUCGUAUUUUUAGGAUUAUAUUACAUACUAUUGAUCAAUUUAAGUGGUAUUUUAGCGUUUUUAUUCGAUACAUUUCGUUAAUUUAAUCGGGGUGUUUGCGCUGUUAGCUAACUGCUUCAUUAAGCUAACACUAGCUGAAAACGAUCUUUUUGGGUCUAAAAUGAAAGCAGCCGAGGACCAAGUUGUUGAAGAUGAUGCUAGUUUUCAGGAUGAUGAGGAGUCGUUUUUCCAAGACAUCGACCUCCUGCAGAAACACGGGAUUAACAUGGCAGACAUCAAAAAGCUGAAGCUGGUGGGUAUUUGCACCGUGAAGGGGAUCCAGAUGACCACGCGCAAAGCUCUGUGCAACAUCAAGGGUCUGUCUGAGGCUAAAGUGGAGAAAAUUAAGGAAGCAGCAGGAAAAGUUCUGAAUGUCGGUUUCCAGACUGCCUUUGAGUACAGCUCAAAGAGGAAGCAGGUGUUUCACGUCACAACCGGGAGCCAGGAGUUUGAUAAACUUUUGGGUGGAGGCAUCGAGAGCAUGGCUAUUACAGAAGCUUUCGGAGAGUUCCGCACAGGAAAAACUCAGCUCUCUCACACGCUCUGUGUCACUGCUCAGCUGCCAGGGGAGGAAGGAUACUCCGGAGGAAAAGUCAUCUUCAUUGACACAGAGAACACCUUUCGCCCAGACAGGCUGAGAGACAUCGCCGACAGGUUUAACGUGGACCACAACGCCGUUCUGGACAACGUGCUUUAUGCCCGCGCUUACACCAGUGAACACCAGAUGGAGCUGCUGGACUUUGUAGCUGCCAAGUUUCAUGAAGAGGGAGGCGUGUUCAAGCUGCUGAUUAUUGACUCCAUCAUGGCUCUGUUUAGAGUGGACUUCUCUGGACGGGGGGAGCUGGCCGAGCGGCAGCAGAAACUGGCCCAGAUGCUCUCCAGGCUGCAGAAAAUCUCUGAAGAGUACAACGUUGCCGUGUUUGUCACCAACCAGAUGACGGCGGAUCCUGGAGCAGGAAUGACAUUUCAAGCAGAUCCCAAGAAGCCGAUCGGGGGCCACAUCCUGGCCCACGCCUCCACCACUCGCAUCAGCCUGAGGAAAGGACGAGGAGAGAUGAGAAUCGCUAAAAUAUUCGACAGUCCUGUCAUGCCUGAAAACGAGGCCACCUUUGCUAUUUCUGCUGGAGGAGUUACUGACGCCAAAGAGUGACGGACGACAGACGACUUCACCUGCUGGUUACACCUGUGGUAUUGUUUCUGUUUUAAGAGUGUUUGGUAUUUAUAUGAUGAGUUCUAUAAAUGUCUUAUUUAAGACAACAAAGUUAUUUAUUAAAGUUCACUGUAACAGGAUUUCUGCUUAACUUUAGAAUAAUUUUCAGAAGAUAUUAUUGAAAAAUGUUAACUUAUAUUACAAUGAAAAUAGUCAUUUCUUCCUGUUUAUGAAUAUAAAUAUGAAUAAAAUAAUUUAACCAACAA